GUUAGGGUUUGAAAACUGCAGUAGCAGCAAGUCACAUGCGUUUUAACGCUGAAACAACCGUGUGAGUCUGCGGGUUGGUGUCUCGAUAAGGUGAAAGAAAGUGGAUGAAGGUACAACCUCUAGACCCCCUGGACACCCCUAAGUGUCUCUCGGAGUGAUGGAUGCAGAGGUGGUUCUGAAGGAGGAGGACAUGGAUGGCUCAUGGAUAUUGCUGUCGUGGCUGGCGUCUUGCCUCAUGGUGUUUGGGGGAGCCCUGCCCUAUGUGCCACAGUACCAGGACAUCCAGAGGAGCAGCAACAGCGAGGGCUUCUCCACCAGAGUCUGCCUGGUGCUGCUCAUAGCCAACAUUCUGCGCAUCUUCUUCUGGAUAGGGAAGCAGUUUGAGCUCACCCUGCUGCUCCAGAGUGUGGUGAUGAUCAUCACCAUGUUUGCCAUGCUCCACCUCUGCUGCACAGUCCAAAACACCAACCGAGUGAGCACCAAGCAACACCGACUUUCAGACUUGGACUUUCACUACUUCUGGAAGUGGAGCGCGUUUGAGGACUACCUGCUCUUCUGCUUUGGCUUCACCGUGCUGUGUGCACUCAUCACCUUGCUGCUGCUGGACUCUGCUGUGUUUGUGGAGGCGCUGGGUUCCCUGGCCGUGAUGUUUGAAGCCAUGCUGGGCCUCCCACAGCUGCUGCAAAACUUCUACAACAGCUCCACCAAAGGCAUGAGUGUGAAGAUGGUGCUGCUGUGGACGGCCGGUGACGUCUUCAAGACCACCUACUUUGUGAUGAAUGAAAGCCCGGCUCAGUUCUGGGUUUGCGGAUUAGUCCAGAUCAUAAUCGACGUGGCCAUCCUGCUGCAGGUCCUCUUCUACAGCCAAGACACGCGGGUCAAGCUAGGCUGAAUGUGACUCUUGCUUUGGGCUACGUAAAAACUAGAGCUUGUGUGUAAAGUCUGAUAAUUUUAGGAUUUUUGAUCAAAUCAGCUGUAAAGUUGAUGGACAUUUAGCAUCAAUAACAGGGAGAAAACCAAAGUCAAUAUAGUUAAUUUAGCCAAAGUAGAAGUUAUAUGGGUAUCACAGAGACCCAAACAAUUACCGUCAAGUGCAAUUAAACAAACAGUUUUAGCCUUGAACAAACUACCAACAACAAAACACCUUUUCCUCAAAGUAGUUAGUCAGCAGAGGAAGGUUUUUGGUGCAUUUUUCGUUUUUUAAUAUUUGUUCUGUGUUGAACAUUAUUUGGAUCCUGAAGUGUAGUGGACAUGGAAAGUUGAAGAAGGAAUCAUCGCUCAUGUUGGCAGCUUACUAACAGCAGAUCUGUGCUGCUGUAACAAGCAGUCCUGCACCGAUCGCCCUGCACUGGCAUCCACUGCCUGACUGAUGAGUUUCCACCUUCACACUCCUCUCCUUACUGUACUGUUCUCAUGACACAUUGUUUGUAUGUGUGUGUGUGUGUGUGUGUGUGUGUGUGUGUUUGUGUGUGUGUGUGUGCUUUGCAAGCUUGCUGGUGUGUCUGUGCAGCUGAAAUGACUUUUGCCGUUGGCAUCCUGUGCCAAGCCAAGGCAACUGAAUGUACACCAUGUAAUGGGAACUACACAGGAUCUGUGUGUUAUGAGUCUCUGUUGUCGUAUAACUGACAAGCAGCGCAGGUCUCCCUCAAAUAUGAAAAACGCUGCACUGUACCUCAGUCACAAAAUGUUUUGGAGACACCAAAGAACGCGUCAGACUCAGGUCAAAAUAUGCAACUUAUUUUAACAGUAUUACUGAAUAUUUGUGGCAUUAUUUCAGUCACACAUGUCGUCAUGGCACUACUUGUUUUUAGUAUCUCAUCAUCUUCUGAUUCUGUGAUGCACUUUUUUCAAAAAGCUCUGAGACAGUAACAGUGAACCACAACGUGACAAUGGGAGAGUCAUAAGCCUCGUGGAAGGGUGCUGGUGGAAUAUCACAGUAUAUCUUACCUUCAUCUUUUGUUGAACACUCCCACGCGAGAAAGACCUUGUUUAAAGAUGUAUGAAUUAAAUGGGCCUUUUUCCUGACCAAGUGAGAACUGGUUUCGUGCUCAAAGAAAUGUUCUUUUAGGGACUGUAUGAAAAUCUUUGGCGUGCAGAGAGGUCAAACUCUCUCCAGCAUGAUCAGUAUUUCCUGUAACCCUCCCCUUGAAUUGAAAAAGACUCCGACACCGAGGCCUGUCCCAAUAAUCACGUUAUCGACUUGUCGUAUGAUAUGUGGACACAACCAUGAUCUCGUUUGCUGACCUCGAUGCUGCCUGCUGCGUUGCCAUGCAUGUUUGUUCACAUAAGACUGUCACCUACUUUUAAGUAGUAAUGCCGAGGUAAAAAGCGGGGUUUUACCCGAUGACUUUAAGACUUAUAAGUUGGGUGGGGCUCAGGCAGCUUCUGGCAACACCAGUGAAUAGAUCAUGUGUUUCCAGAAUAAUAGAAUAAUUCUAGUCAUAAAGUAUGGAUGAAUGAGAGGGAGUUGGUUUCAAAGCUUCACUCCAAGGCAAGAAAGAGGAGAGUCCAUUAAUUCCAACAGACCAGUCUUUAGCAAUGAAAAGUAAAACCCCCAAAAUCUCAAAAAUCUGAAUAUUCAAGCCACUCUCUAUUUAUUUAUUCAUUUAUGUUAAAAAGGGCUUGUAAAAAAAAUAGCCACUGAGUGACCUUGGCACAGGAGGCAGCUUUGAGGGUACAGAGGCUGUAAUCUUUUUACCCCUUCAGUCAGACAGAUGACGUAACUUCAGUCACAUCAGUUCUACGUCUGAUUGUCCAUCAUAUAGCCAACAUCAUGCUUGUGUUGCAUAACUCCUGUGGAGCUAUUUAUGUGAUUAAAUAUAUCAAAGGAAAGCUAAGUAUAAAGUCACACUAGCUAUCCUCCCUUUUUCUCCUGACCCUUAGAUCAGAAUGACUCAUUUCUCUUUCAUCGUGUGUUUAGUCAUUAGAAGGACUUUGAAGCAUCUUCAUCGUCUCAGAAAUGCUCCAUUAAACAGAGGACUGUUUAUGCAAUUCAUGACAUUACACAAACAUUAAACCAUAUUCAUCCAUUCCAGCCUUCAAAAAUGCACGUAUAUUUUAUUCAGUUUAUGAUGGAAACACUCAUCUGAAGCUGUGGUUCUUUCACCUGUUUCCUCUUGAGUCCUCUUACAAAAGCACUGCAGGAUGAAAUGAAUCUGUAGCAGCAGCUGAUCAGUAGUCAGCGCAGGUUUCUUCCUCCCCCAAGGCAUGAUUUAAUUAAGUAAUAAAGCUGCUGCACCUGCUUAUUUAGUCUUUUAGUCACCUUUUUAACUUAGAGCCAGUUUGAGUCCAUCUGUUAAUCUAUAACUGUCUGUUUUUAGUUUCUGCUCAGUAAACACCUUGUUUAAAUUACACACUGCAGUGGUUAUGGUUUGCAUCGGACAGCCUCUUCCUGCAGCUGCCAGCACGCCUUGGCCAUAAGAUAACAUUUGUAUAGACAGCAGGAUUGCAUCACAGUGUACUUCAGUAUUAUCCUCAAGGCCAGCAUGUAAAAUAUAUAUGUUUAUGAGAGAAUUUUCAUAAUCAGACAAUGCAAGAUCCUUCUAAAUGAAACAGUGACUGAGCGUCACGUCAAGUGUUGCCUCCUCUUUGAUGUUACAUCUGGUUUUUGAGGUUUUGAUUAUUAAAAUAAAUAUGAACUACAGCCUGUAGUGGAUUGCUUAGCAUAGCAUAACGGGCCUCAUUUUUAAAAUGGAGUUAUGAUCAAUUUUGACCUUAAGUAUGACUUGAGCAAAAAAAAAAAAGCAAAAACAUGUAUAUGUAUAAAACAUUUCUUUGGUUAAGUUGGGGGAAUGUCAUUUGUCAUUACUGUGUUUGUUGGUUUUUAAUCCAUCCUUAAUUAUUAAUUUGUUAUCCUUUAUCCUCUUUUGUUUGUAAAACACUAAAAUGUUUUUUCGUUGACCGUAUCUGUAAAACUGGAAACCAGUCAACACAAUUUAUUGCCAGAUGCAAGCGUGUGUGUGUGUGUGUGUGUGUGUGUUUUGAAUGAAAAACAGGAUGCAGUGUAUCAAUUAGAAAGAUGUUACCAUGGCCAAACCCUCAUUUGUGCUGGCAUUGAUUAGAUAUGCUGAAAUUGCAAGGCCGAACCCAUUUAAGCCAGAUGUUUUAUGUUCAGCAUAUUUUAUGAAUUAAAUGUGAGCACACUGUAAGAAAUGAUCUUGAGACUAAUUUCAAGUAUAAAUCUGAGAAUUUCUUUUAGUACUGAGGCCCCAGGUCUGAGAAUGUGCAAACAGCUAGCCUAGCUUUUUCCAAAGGUAACAGAAUCCACCCACCAGCAUCCCUCUGUUGGCUGACGGAGGCUCUGCAUAGUUCCUGCUCCUGGCCAGUAAACAGCAUGGCACAUCACCCCUGCACAGAAUAGUUCAUUUGGAGGUGCUACUAGGUGGACUUUGUUAUUGUUGGACAAAGCCAGGCUAGCUAUAUCCAAUCUUUAUGCUAAAUGAAGCUAACUGGCUAUCAGUUAUAGCAUCAUAUGAGCAUCAUUACCGCAUCACAGUGGUGUCAAUCUUCUCCACUAACUUUCAGCAAGAAAGCAAAUAAACAUAUUUCCCAAAAUGUCAAACUAUUGAUCUAUCAGUCACUUUAACCUUUGUGAGGAGAAUCAAACAAAAUCUGAAAGGACAGUCAUUGUUUGUGUAUCAGUUUAUGUCAUCUGUGUGUGUGUGUGUGUGUGUGUGUGUGUGUGUGUGUGUGUGUGUGUGUGUGUGUGUGCAUACGAAAACAACAAACCUUGGGAAUGUUGGAAUAAUGUUUGAUGGAUGCAGGUCACUGUACUUCUCAGCUUGUGCUGUAAUAUAUGUUGAAGUGUCCAGGUUCGACUUCUCUGUGUCCAGCUCGGACCGCCAGCUGUGUUGUUCUGUGACCUUCCAUUGUGUAAUUAAUGCCAUGUGGGUAAACAUGAGUUCUUCAAUUCCAGUUAUCUGACAUUACAUCUGUUGGCCAUAUUGAAAGCAAUACGUGUCUUAUCUCAUGUACCCUGCACACCGCAGUCGAUUGCAGUGGCAUUAUUUCUGUAUUCUAUGUGCUCUUCUCACCAGAUGUGUAUCUUUAUAUUGUCUCUCUCAGCAGAGGCUCAGAAUGGCCCCCUCAGUGGAUUUAAUAUUCCUCCCCUGUAGCAUUUUCUUCUGAAGGGCAGUAGGACAGAUUAGCAAACACACUGCCGGGUUAUGAUAAUCCCUCACCCAAGUUGACAUUAUAGUAAAUGUUCUUGGUGCCUUACCACAACAACACUAACAAGAAAUAGGUGAUUUGUUAUUUCUGAGGAGGGAGAAGAUUGGAUUGUUACUUCUACCAGAUGCAAAAUUUCAUUGUCUAUCAUGAAACAAUUUACAUCCCUGAUUCCAAAAAAGUUUGGAUGUAAAUAAACGGAAACUGGAUGAGCGCA